GACAACUUGUUCUAAACUCUUUUUUGCAGCCGGAAAUUCAUUAAAUUUAGCGCCUCUACUAGUCUCUUAAUAACAAUAAAAAGAAAUAACCUUUAUUAAAGUUAUCUUUUGAUUUGUUGUUUUGGGUAUAAAAAACAAGUUCAGUUAAAUUUAUCAAUAUAUCUGCUGGGUUACGACUCCUAAGGAUGAGACGGAGAAAGGUAACUGCCGAAACAAUAAAUGUUUUGAUCAUGAAUUCGGAUGCACUAAAAUUCGGAAACUAAAAAUAAAAACAAGUAAAUUUAGUUAUUAGUUAUAAACAUAGGUUCAUUUAACAAAUAAAAUAGUAUUUAUUUACCCAAGACUUAGGCCUAACUAAUAUCUGUUAAUGUAAUCCCAGUUCUUCCUAUUCGGCGUAUAUAUACUUUACAUUAUUAUUUAAGACUUUCUUUAAUUUAUUAAGAAUAAGACACUACUUACUACUUAAACUACCUACUUAUAGUUAUAGACCUUCUUGUACACACAGGGUCCCUAAAAAUACUAAAAUUAAUUACUAAAAAGUAAAAAUAGCUGCUCCCAGUAUGAAUAAGAUAGGUUCGGUUAUAAGUUAUAUAGCAGUAAUGAAAGCUCAGGUAAAUAAUAACAGUAGUUGAUAAUUAGCCACUUCGAUGAGAUCCGGGAAUUGCCGAAAACCGGGUAUCGUGAUUUUGUUAUCAAAAUGGCGACCUCCACUUUUUAAUUUACCAAGACCCUCGUUGUUUACGAUUUUUUUGCUAAUUAUAGCCCAUCAAGAACAUUCUAUUUCCGCCCACAACUUUGAGUAGACAUGUUGUUUUAUGAUUAGACACUUUUGUUCUAAAAAAUAUUUGAGGUCUUAACUUUGAAAAUUGAAGGUAAAAUAAUGCUUAUUUUACUCAUUCAUAUUUUUUUUCUGGAAAGGGUGUUUUUCUUAAAUAAAAAGACGACGGGAGAUAAUAGCAUAAAUUACAACAUAUCAAAAAUUCAAGAGGUUAGCACCCAGUUCAAUGGUCUAAAAAUGCCUACCAAAUUUUUGUCAAGUGUGUACCAAAAUGACCUAUUAUCGAUAACGAUUUUUUAUAAUUAAAAAAAGAAGUAAAUAACUUGAUUUACAAUGGAAAUCCAGCUUAUUACUUAAAAAUAACUCAUUCAAAAACAAAUAAUUUAAUAACACAGAUACCUAUCUAAACAACAUAAAUAUAUUUUUUUAACUUGUUUUGAUGCUUUUAUUGGAGGGUAUCGACUUGGAUAGUGGGUUAAACUAUUUAUUAUAAUUAAUAUAUUAAAUAUAAAAGUUUAAUAUAUAUGCAGGCCUAGAAAAGUAUAGUAUUUUAAGUAUAGGCCUAGCUCCUGCCCAACUCAUUAUUUGUGUGACACAUUAUUUGUUAUUUGUAAGGAUAUUUUAAUGAAUAUUAUGAUUCUUAAUGAAUAGAUUAAGCAAAAAUGUAAAAAAAAAAAAUAGUCACUUACCUUUCACAUUGAAAUAUCCUAUAUUUAAUCACAUAUCACAAUAUUUAACAAGAGAGUUAUUACAUAAUCCUUGAAUUCUCAAAGAAAAAACACACUUUCUGCCACAAUAGUCCAAGAAUUACUUAAGAUAUUAUUAAUAUUAAAGAACAAUCAUAAAAACUUAUACUUACCACAAGCAAAUGACUAGAACUUAUUUUAGUUUGUAUAAACCACCAAAGUUGAUUCUAUCAAUGCAUGUUAAUUUGUGAAACAAGAUUACUAACUUGUAAAAAAAUGACAUACUAUUUUUUUGUCAUAUUCAGAAAUUCAUAUGAUAUGGGACUAAAAUACAUAUAUAGAAAAUGGUAAAAUAAAAAGUGUAAUCGUAAAUUUUAACUAAAUGAAACAAGUAAUCCCUUUAUUAUUAGUUUAUACUUAUAAAUGUUAAACAAUUCCACAGAAAAUUUGAAAUUUAUAUCUAAAGAAUAUUAUUAUUAUUAUUAUGAUUCAAGGGAAAUUUUAAAAAAAAAUAUUUAAACAAAAUUAAUUAACUAAUUUCAAAUAAGUGACGAGUCAGCAUAUUUAUACAUGUUUUAAAAGAAAAAAAAUCAAGAUUUUUUUUUUUUAAUUUUUGCGGAAUAUUAACAAAAGCUAACUUAUAUUUUGUGGCUUUAUUUAGAAGUACUCUUAUUUAACUAUGUUCCCUGUAAAUAUUAUAUUUUUGUCUCAUUUUACAAUAAAGUUAUAGGCAUUCAAAAAAAAGAAAAUUGAGGGUCACGAAAUGUGGAGGAAAAUCCCAUAGUAAAAAAGUGCCUUUGAGGUCCCUACUAAAAAAAUCAUAACUUUUGAACCACUUGAGCUAGAAAGUUGAUCUUGGUGUUUUUGUAAUCUAUUCUCCAGGCUCUAUACAGCUGUAGUGUUUUUAUAUUUUUAAAAAUGUUUUGAAAUUUUAAUCAAAGUGCCUAUUGAUAAUAAAUAUUAGCCUUGCCUGGUAAAAAACGCAUUUACUUUUACUCUAUCCUCCUGUCCUAUUCUAUCAUCUUCAUCUAUGCCUUUCCAUUUUUCAUGAUCAGUAAUUUGCCAUGGUAGAGUUAUGCAUCCUUCCUUACAUCUGUCUAGCCUAAUCAUAAUACACUAUGAUUGCAGCAGAAACCCUAAAAUAAGCUUAAUCGGGAUCAGGGCAGCGAAUUUAUUGUAUCCCUCAGAUAUGGAGCAAGACCCCCCCCCCCCCCACACACACACACACACUUUCCCUCUCAUAGUUUCAGUAGCGGGUGUUUUUACAUAAUGCACAUCCCAAUUAUCAUGAAUGGUAGACAAUAGCUAAAGAUUUGAAAUGGAGAGUGUCUAAUUUUAAGUCUAAUUUAUUGUGCAUGUGUAUCAUCACAAUCAAACUGAGCCCAAAUUAAGACUCAUCUUGCCCUACCGAUUUAAUUAAUAAAUCUGGCCUUAUUGUGCGAUACCCAUGUUUAUUUGCCUUAUAAUAUUUAUUUAAAUUUUAUUAAAAUCAAAUGAAUUUAAAAGUUAUUCUUUACUAAAUAAUUAUAAUACACUACCACGAAAUAUAUUGCACGACCUCAGUUAACUGUUUGUUAAAAAACAAGAGUUAUUAAAUUGGUUGGGGCCUAUCUGCACUACAUCCUUAAAUGACUUUUUGAAACCUUCAACCUAUUGAUCAAUAUUAGAAUAAGUGAUAUGAUGAAGUUUAUUUUUAAAAAAGAAAAUAUAUCUUUUUACUGAGUGCCACUGUUAGUUAAUGUAUCAUGUUGUUUCAGCGACUUCGUGGUGAUUCAGGAUCUGAUGAGAGUGAACAUUCCUUGGCAAAUGAAAGUGAUGAGGAACAACCUGCACGAAUGACACGAAGAUCAACAGCAACAUCUGUUGGUAAGAAUAUGCUGUCUUCAGCAAAAGGUUCAAUGUUGAUUUCUGCUUCUCCCUCUGAAUUAUUUAGAAAUAAAUAAGAAUUUUUUAAAGUGCGUAAUAUUAUUCAUUUGCAAAGUAAGUAAUUACCUAAAAGAGGUUGUGUUAAUUUAAUCAACUAAUCCUUUAGCAGGAAGCAUUGGGACAAAAGAUUCCCCUCCUAUAAAACGGAGGAGGGUAGUUAAAGAAUCAAGUCAGUCUGGAUCUGAUUCAGAAGAGCCAAUAGAGCCACAAAGUAAACCUGAGGCAAAAGUCAAAACAGUUCUUCGUGGAAAAGCAAAAAGUAAUGGGAAAAAACCUCAGACCAGAACAAAGUUGCCUGUGGCAGUGUCAAAUGGAAAUUGUAAUGGAGAUGUAGAUUCAGAGGAUGGAAACUCCUUGAUGGGUUUCACAGAGAGAAGAGCAACUCCUAAAACAAAUUAUGAUGAAACUAGUGCCCACUGUCCUUUGCCAGGAUGUGAUUCAAAAGGUUUGUUAGUAAUAUUUUAAGUAAACUUCAUUAAGUCAAAUUCAUAGUGUAUUUUAGUUUGGCUUCUAAUUAGACUAAAUAUGGGGGAAAUCCCUAAUCGAACAACACCUUAAAAACAUUGCAAUGUUUAUAAUACAAAUAUUAAUUAUAUUAUAACACUAUUUUUACAAUACUUAGAUAUUUUCUCUGUUUUAAAUGCCUUUAUUUCUUUAAAAGUCUAAAAUAAAUAUCAACAAAAAAACUGUAAGGUCCAUUCAUUAAUUAUGCAAAUAUGUGUUGAAGAUAGCUCUCUUUUUUAAUCUCACAUUUUAAGGGAGUGUUUUAGAUGUAUUUACAAAAAUGCCAUAUUUCUUUAGGGCAUCUAAGUGGUAGACAUGAAUCUCACAGGACACUUACAUCUUGUCCCCUUUUUCACAAUACAACAGCAGAAGAAUGUAAGGUAGGUGUUCGAUUUAUAUGUUCUUAAACCAAGAAAAUGACUUAAUUUUUAAAGAUUACAUUAAGUAAAUACAUUUUUUUUAAAGAUCAAUAUUGCAGCACCUUUUUCUGUAAAAUUAUGUUUAAAAAGCCUAAGUGAAAGUGAAGAAUCAUGUAUUAAUAAGUUGUAUGGGUUUAUGUUGAAGGUUUUUUCUUUUUUUGUUUUGGUCUAUUUGAAGAAUCGUUAUGAAAACAGACUUAAAAAUGUGGAAGAUAGAAAAAAGGUGGUUGCUGAGCUUAAAGACAGAAGGGGGCUUAGGCAUCAGGUAAGGAUAUUUUCCUUUAUGAACACUAUUAGUAUUCUAUUCUUUAAGUUUAAUUAAUUCCCUUUUUUUUUCAAAAUUUUGUAUAGCUUGAUUUCAGUUUAAGUGACUUCAAAUAAUAAAAUACUGGAUUAACUGUUAAUUGUAUAGCUAAGCCAAUCCUAUUGAAUAUGAACAAAAAUGCAGUUUAUAAUUGUUGUUUACUAUCAGUUUUAAAAAAAUGAAGAAUCAGAAGUAGCUUUGAGAAUUCAGAGAACUUUGAGGUGUUUGCGCAUGCCCAGUGAAGACGUGUAUUUGUUUACCUGUGUUUGUGAUGAGGAAUAUUUCUUCGAUUAUGACACUAUUUGUCCAUCAAAUUGUAAACCAAUUGUGGUUAUAGAUUAAAAUGAUAUUAUUACUGGUCAAGGGCGUGGUUCAAAGUGACUGUCCUCAAAAUUUUAAGUAAAUCAAGUGAUUUCAGAACCUGUGUGCAUCAUGUUGAUAUUCGGCGCCAUCUUUAUUGUACUGUCCUGCAUUACUUCAAGCUUAGGAUAGCUCUAUACCUGCGUGUGUGCUAUUUGACUGCUACACACCAGAGUGACUGGAGGUAUGUUCACAUACAAUAUUACGCUGUAUACCAUUGUGGUAGCGACUCUGGUAAACAAACUGUUUAUUUGUGAUACCGAGAGACCAGAAGUUGUCGUGUCAUCUGUAAAUUUAGACCUAUGUAAGAAAACAGUUUUCCGCACAGCGGGGACUGGCCACUGCGUGUUUGUUGACAUUUUGCAUAGUUCAUCUCGAACUUGCUCUGCUCAGUUUCCCAUAGGACGCCAAAGACUUGUGCUAUUAUAUCUGGCCUGCAUUCUCCUAGCCAACUCCUACUCUCCUGAACCUAACCCUGGACCAAACAUCGCUACGGGUGCUGGCUAUCCUCCAUCGCAUACCCGCUCAUGUUCCCAGUCAUUACGGACCUGCGGUACUUGUGACCUUGCAGUGCAGUGGGAAGACAGAGGCGUUGCAUGUGAACAAUGUGGGCAAUGGUUCCAUGGUCAAUGCCAAAGCAUCGACACAGACUAUGACAAACAGCAUGGGGAAAAUUCUGGCAUGCCGUGGUACUGUGCUGUCUGCGGAUGCCCGAAUAGCCAGAUCGUGUUUGACCUCCACAGUUCAAGGUCAGAAUCCACCCUCCCAGAUUUCUCCCUAAAUUCCUCAUGCACCACACCAACGAACCUUCAGAGUUUUCAGCCACCACACUGCUCUACUCCUAUGCGCUGCAGUCAGCAAGAUAAAUGGAAACACAGAGCAUUGCGCAUAUUGAAUGUGAAUUUUCAGUCUGCAAGUGGAAAGAGAGUCGAGAUAGCCAAUUUUAUCAACAGCUUAAAGCCUGACAUCAUCUUGGGCACAGAAACAUGGCUGAAUCCCUCCAUAGCCAACGCAGAGGUUGUACCGGCUAAUUACAAACUAUUCCGGCGAGACAGAAAAGACAGAGGAGGAGGAGGAGUACUUGUUACUGUCCAUGACAGCCUGGACUGUCACGCUGUUCCAGAACUAGAUGUUGAUGAAUGCGAACUCCUUUGGGUGAAGGUGAAGCUGAAGGGUAGACGCACACUUUACGUGUGUGCCUAUUACAGGCCCAACACAGCAGAUGAACCAAGCCUGAGGAGGCUUGAUGUGUCACUUCAGAGAGCAAUGCAGUCUAAGAACAUUUCUCUCCUUAUAGGGGGAGAUUUCAACUUUCCUGGUUGGAACUGGCAGAUUCCUGCUUUGAAGCCCAAGUCCCCAUACCCGGUCCUACACUCUGAAUUCAUGGAGAUAAUUAACAACCAUGGUCUGGAACAGAUGGUUAAAGAACCCACGAGAGGGGAAAACACUCUCGACCUACUCCUCACUAACAGUCCACAUCUCAUCCCAAGAGUAGAAGUCAUCCCCGGAAUAUCAGACCACUGCAUACCGUACUGCGAAUUUCAAGUCAGCGUGCUAAAAAGAAACAGGCUGUGCGAGAAAUCCCCAUUUAUGCAAAGGCAGACUGGGAUAGCCUGAGAAGUGCAACAACUGAGCUGAGUUCAAACAUGCAUGAGAUUCAGGGUAAUGCGACAACAGAAGAGCUGUGGAUGAAAUUCAAGACAACAAUCACUGAUGCAGUGAUGAAAUUCAUACCACACAAGACCUCAAAACUUAAGACAAAUCAACCAUGGGUUACGGCUGAAAUCCAAAGCCUCAUACACAGGAGAGACCGCCAGUACAAACGUAUGAAGAAGAAUGGGUCGGUCGAAUUAAAAGCCGAAGUACUGAGGCUCCGAAGAACCAUCCAACGCUUACUGCGCAGAUCAUACUGGAACUACCUGAACGGCAUCUUCUCAGAGGAAGAUACUACCGCCAAGAACAAGCGGUUCUGGAGCUAUGUAAAGCAUCAAAGGUCAACAAACUUCGGGGUUUCCCCCCUGAGAUGGGAAGGCAAGCUGACGUCUGAACCCAAAGAACAGGCGGACAUACUCAAUCAACAGUUCCAGUCGGUCUUUGGGGAUGGUAGAGAGUACUCAGAAGUUGAGUUCCUUCUGAAGACCAACAUGAUGAGCACAGCCUAUCCCACCAUGGAAGAUAUCCAGAUUUCAGAGAAGGGUGUGCUGGAACUUCUUAAAACCAUUAACCCCUACAAGGCAUGUGGUCCUGACAACAUCAAACCACGAGUGCUAAAAGAAUUGGCCAAUGAAAUCGCUCCUGCAUUAACAAUCCUCUUCCAAUCGUCACUAUUCACAGGUAACAUUCCAACUGACUGGAGAACAGCGUAUGUCACUCCAAUCUACAAAAAAAGGAGAGCAUUACGAACCAGCCAAUUACCGCCCUGUAUCCCUCACUAGCGUAGUAUGUAAACUAUUGGAACACAUAAUCGUAAGCGCGGUCAUGAAUCACCUGGAAAGAAAUAAUAUACUCAAUGACUGUCAGCAUGGCUUUCGAGUCAACAGAUCAUGCGAGACCCAACUCCUUGAAUUUGCUGAAGAAUUGACGACCAACUUGGAGAACAGCAAGCAGACUGAUGUGCUUGUGCUGGACUUUUCAAAAGCGUUUGACCGUGUCAACCAUAGCUUGCUAUUACACAAACUGCAGAGAUAUGGGAUCCAAGGCACUACCAAAACAUGGAUCUCUAGCUUCCUCAGCGACCGAUGCCAGGCAGUAGUGGUAGAUGGCAAAACCUCCUCCUUUGUCGGUGUUAAGUCAGGGGUCCCCCAGGGCUCAGUGCUAGGCCCUUGUUUGUUCCUAGCAUAUAUCAAUGAUCUGCCCGAGAAGCUGACCUCUCAAGCAAGACUGUUCGCAGACGACACGGCGGUAUAUAGGACAAUGGUCAACAGCUCUGACCAGAGCCAGCUUCAACAAGACCUCAAUCGGUUAGCUGAGUGGGAGAUGAGCUGGGACAUGGAAUUUCAUCCCGUCAAGUGCCAGACCCUGUCAGUCUCCAGAAGCAGAUUCCCUCUAAACCACUCUUACGAACUGCAUGGCCAUAUUCUUGAGCCAGUUUCCUCCGUAAAGUACUUGGGUGUUACCAUUCAAAGAGAGGUCCGCUGGGACAAGCACAUUAACAGUGUGUGCAACCGGGCAAACAAGACCCUGGGGUUCCUAAGGCGCAAUCUGAAGAUCGGCAACUCAAGCGUGAAAGAAAAAGCCUAUAAAGCCUUUGUCCGACCUAUUUUAGAGUACGCUUCUACAGUCGGGGACCCAUUUACCCAGAAAAGCAUCGACAGGUUGGAGGCGGUCUAGCGACGGGCAGCGCGCUUUGUCAUGAACCGCUACAGAAGCACCUCGAGUGUUGGCAGCAUGCUAAAAACACUGGGCUGGUCUACAUUGGAAGAACGACGAAGACUAUCCAGGCUCACCAUGUUGUACAAGAUAAAAAAUGGGCUGGUACACUGCUCCGGAAUCAAACAGAAACUCGUUCAUCUUCCCCCUAGACUGCGACGAAGCCACGACAGACAGUUCCGGCUGGUAAAAACAAGAACAAAGUACAGAAGCUCCUCAUUCCUGCCGAAGACAAUAGGGGACUGGAACAAGCUUCCAAAAGCAACAGUUGAGGCAGCUACACUCGACACAUUUGUCUCUAUUGCCUCCUGUAUUCCAACCCCCAGUUCAUAACACCACUGCUGAGUCGCCCAUGCAACCAGUGAAGUAUCCCAUUGAAACCCAUGGACUGUAACAUCGCAAACCCCUCUGACACAUAGGAGCCAGAAUGAUCAAUUCAUUGAUCGUGGGCCCUCAAAAUAAAGAAGAAGAAGAAGACUUCAUAGUCAGUAAUUUAACAUUCCCAGUGCUUUUUUGCAAAUUAAAGCAAGAAUUACAGUGUCUUCAAGGUAUAAUAAAUAUUUGGAGUAUUAUUGCUACACAAGCAUUAGGCUAAUAACAGCAUCUUUUAAUUUACACAGCUCCUUCAUUAAAGUGCAUUUGCCUUUUUAAAAGAAUAUAUUAUAUACCAUUGCAUUUGUAUCCUAAAUUAUUUAGAGAGUUGUCAUUUGUGAGGAUUUUAUAUAUUGAAGGCUUUAUAUUAGAUGUCAGAACCGAUAUUUUAAAAAAAAUGAAAGUUAACAAUAGGUGUUGGAAGUUCCUGACUGACUUUAUUACAUAAAGCCUAGGGAUUAUUGGACCUUGUAAAUACAAAUAAUCACAUGCAACUCACUCAAAGUUUGCAUUAGAGAAAUUAAUGUGCAAUCUUCAUGCUCUUAAUUAAUAUAAUUGUUUUAUUAAGAAUUUUUUUUUGUCUAUCUUCUUCAAGGCCCUGAGUGAAACUCAAAAAAUUAAGUAUGAUAAAAUUACAAAAGCUCGACGCAAGAGACCAGAGGUAACGGAAGAAGUAAAGGAAAAGCACAAAAAGCACAAAGAACAACAUGGCAACACUAGGCAGCCUCUUAUCAGUGGUCUUACAUCUGAAUAUGAUUAUGAGCUAUUUAAGGAGGCCCAGUCAAGAGCCUGUGAACUGCUGGUAAGACAGGAUUUUCACAUGGGGAACAAAGGAGUUUUAAAUAUUCGAAAAUUGUGGGGGAAAUUUUUACUAAGUUUCUCACUUAAGUUUCCAGUAUUACUUUUUGGUCGUUCCUUCUGAAAGAAAUCAUUAUGGUAGUAAAUAAAAUACUGCACUGUAACUGUAGAUAUCUCAAAAUGUUCGUGGCACAUUAAUGAAUGCGUGAUGUAAAAUUUAAAAACAUUAUAUGAUCUAAAAGUUAAAGACAUUGUAGGAUAGCGACUUUCAAAGUGGAAAUUAGUUUUAAAAAUGUCUUACAUAGCAUGUUCUAUCAAAUGUAUAUAUAUUCUGAGCAAGUCAAAAAAGUAUGAUGUAUCAGUUCAACAUUCCAAAACACAUUGCAUUAAAUAUUAAUCUCUAAUUUAAGAUUUAAUCUUAAAUUUAAUCUUAUAGAUCUAGUGCUUUUGAAAUUUAUUUGAAUGUAUUUGUUAUUGUUGUUUUUUUAAACUAAAGAUGGGGGCACUGAUUGAUACCUUGUGCUUAUUUCACUUUUAAUGUUAUCUUGUCUUCCAUAAUUAAGCUACAAUUUCAGAUUCAUCCAUCAGAUUUAUUUAACCAUUUAUUUUAUCAAAUGCUCCAUUAAUAUCUUGUCUGAGAUAGGAUUAAAUAUUUAUCGUGCAUAGCUUUAACAGGAGAAUUGUCAAUUCUAUAUUCCAUGAUGUCCAAAAUAUUUGUUUCUUUUAUUAUAAAGCACAAUUUGACUGAAAACAAGUUUAGACAUUCUUAACUCUCAUUUUUAAAACUUUUAUAUAUUAAAAUUUUAAUAAUCAAGCUUCUUUGUGCUUAGAUAAGGAGAACAAAAAUGAGGGUGACAUUUGUUAACCAUAAUUUUUUUUGUUUAAAGUCAAAUCUUUGUUUCCCCAUCAGAUAAUUUUAAAAAAUAAAAUAUUUAACACAUCCCUUCAUUUUAAGUUCAUUUUUUUUUUACAUUUUUCAUUUUCCCACUAUGUAUCAUAUGCUUGUGUUGUGUAGAAAGGAUUGGGAAUGAACUCCUUCUCCUUAUGCCAACAGGAGCAUCAGAUUACUCAGCAUUUUGCUAAGUCUGACCUCCAAGAAUACCGCAUCAAAAAGCUCGAAAUAGGCUGCUACGAGAUCAAUACCUGGUACUCAUCACCAUAUCCCGAAGAAUAUGCUAGGCUUCCUAAAAUAUAUCUGUGUGAAUUCUGCCUCAAGUACAUGAGAACAGCAACCAUUUUGAGAAGGCAUAUGGUAAGAUUUUCAGUACAUCUUAAACUGCUUAGAGAAAAUAUGUUAUUAAUAUUAAGGUGGUUUUAUAUAGCGCAGUACCCCAGCCUAGGGCUAGGCUCACAUAAAAAUGAGCUGUUACAGAAAAUUAUACAUUUAAAAACAUCAAUUGAUAAAAAGCUUGACCUCACCUACCCAAGUACUAUCUACCCCUGCCUAGCCAUGGACAGCAACCAGCAGCAUCGAGGGUUGUUUAUCAGGUAGAGGGGGGUGAGAAUUAGUCCGUAUAGUACAGUUUGAAGAGAUGUGGUCUGUUAGGUAAAACUUAUAAUAAAAGUAUUGUUAUUUGACCAUAUGUGAGAUUAAUUUCUUUGUAUCUCAUAGGCUAAAUGCUUAUGGAGGCAUCCCCCAGGAGAUGAAAUUUACAGAAAAGGAAAUAUUAGCUUCUUUGAAGUGGAUGGAAAGAAAAACAAGGUAUGAUUUUCUUUUAAAGGGAUAAGGGGAACAAGUACAACUUUUUUUUAUGUUAGAAAUUAUAACAGUAUAUAAUUAACAACACACAUAAAAUCAAUCAUCAAAUCUAAUACAUAUUUAAAUGUGUUAUAUCAAGAGUUUCAUUCAAAUAUAUUUUUUUUUAAAUACAUCCAUAAAUUGUCAGCAAUCUUACUUUUAAAGAAAAUGACACAGACAUUCUGUAUGUGAUCAAAUAAUAAUUAGAAUGGUUAGAGAGUAGUGAGCUUAUCAUAGGUGGCCUUUUUAAAAAAACAACAAUUAUAAAUUGCUGAAAUGUUGGUAGAUUAAAAAUAUUUUUUGCUUAUGCAGGUGUAUUGUCAAAAUCUGUGUCUGUUAGCAAAAUUGUUUCUUGACCACAAGACUCUUUACUUUGAUGUUGAACCUUUCCUAUUUUACGCCAUGACAGAAAAUGACUCAAACGGUUGUCAUUUAGUGGGAUAUUUCUCUAAGGUUAGUAAUUUUAAAAUUGUCAUUAAUAAUAUUUUUUUAAAAAUUGAAUUUAUUCUUUUCCUCUAUUCAUUAAUCUUCACAUUAGUCACUUUUUUAAUUAGUUGAAACUUUAUGUAGUAGUCAUGAAAUGAAACUGGUAUAUUGCUGCUAAAAUUAACAGCAGAGCAGCAAGUUAAUUAUAGUAGGCCUGAGGAUCAGCUUGGGCUCAACUAAAAUUAUGAAGGAUAGUGACAAGAUCUUUAAAAGAUCUACACAGUAUCUCCAAGAACAAAUGCAUAGAAGUAGACCUGCAAAUUAGAACUGGGAAGGGCCCAUGUAUAUUUCAAAAGCACUGUUUAAUUUGGUAUGCAAAAUACAUCCGACACAGUAUUAUACUCAACUGCAAAUUAUGCCAGGAAGACAUGGAAAAUGACAAAGAAAAUGGCCUAGACCAGGGGUCCUCAAACUUUUUAUUCAGGUGGCUGGUUCACUAUCAUCACAGCUUGUUGAAGGCUGAACUUUAGUUGGGAAAAAAAAAUAUGACCGAUUUCCUUUGCACACUGAAAUAUUUUAUAUGUGGUGCAAAAAAAAAAACAGGAAAAAACAAAUUAAUAUUUAAAAUAAAGCACAAUUUUGAUAAACAUAUAAAAAGGUUGUUUAUGCCUUUUUAGCCAAAAAGCAGGCCCAUACCUCCCACUGAAAUACUAAUGACUAGACUAUAUGUUUAUCAAAAUUGUGCUUUAUUUUAAAUAUUAAUUGUUUAUGUUGUUUAAUUGUUUAUGCCCUGCUCCAUAUUUGUCACUACCACCCGGCAAUGUUCUCUCUAAGGUUUGCUGCUUCGUGUGCAAAAUCAUACAGUUGUGUGCACAUUUUUACAGCAUCAAUUUUUUUGUGUGCAAAAUUUUACAGCCCACAAACACACAUUUACAAGGAAAUUUGCUGCACGGAUACUCAAAACUGCUGCGCAGCGUCUUUGAUAUAGCUGCGCAGCUUAAAGGGAACAUUGCACCCGGGUACCUGCACUGCCUGGCGGGCAUGAUCUGGCCCACGUUCCAUAGUUUGAUAACCUCUGGCCGUGACACUGAAUGUACUCCAUCAUUGAAGCCAGGGGAAGAUACCUGGAGAUCAGCUGCCCUAAAUUUUUGAACCAAGAAGAAACAGAGCACAAAGCUUGGAAACGGUAUUGAUUCUCUGCAGCAUGCACCUUGCAGACACAUUCCAUGCUGUGACUAAGAUAUAAACAUUUUGAUUUAUGUUUUAAUUUAUUAGAUUUGCAUGUUUUCUCUUAAUAGGAAAAGAAUUCUUUCUUGAACUACAAUGUGUCUUGUAUCUUAACACUGCCACAGUAUAUGAGACAAGGAUUUGGAAAAAUGCUCAUUGAUUUUAGUAAGUUAUAACAACAUUAAUUUUUAACUUAUUUGUUUCUAACAAAUUUUUUUAUAAUAAUUUUGUUAAAUUUGAUUUUUUACAUCAUCUUUCUAAACAAAAAAUACAUUCUUAAACUAAAAUGCUAAAAAUGAUUUUCUUAAAUGUCCUAACUCUAAAAAUUGAGUUUGGAAUAAUGAAAUGUGGAAUUUAUUUACGCUUUCAUAGUCUUAUCACAACACAUUAAGCUUUUCUAUAAUUAUCACAAAGAAUAAUGCUACUCACAGUCUGAAUUAAUAUUGUAAUGCACACAGUGCUGAUUGUAUGGCAUCAUUGAGAAAAACCUAACAAAGAUUCUUUGUAAAUCUUACACAAUCUGCAUUAAGUCAAAUUGUUUCAUCUAACUAGGUUAUCUCUUGAGUAAAGUUGAAGAAAAAGUUGGCUCACCUGAACGACCUUUAUCCGACCUUGGUUUGCUUUCAUACCGAAGCUAUUGGAAAGAUGUUCUUCUCGAGUAUCUUCAUAAAUACAAAGGCCAGGAAAUUUGCAUAAAAGGUGUGCUUUAAAUACUUACUUACUACUGGAUUAUUUAAAAAUAAUUUAAAUAUUAAAAAGAUGGAAUCCCUCUUUCAAAUUGUAAUGAUAGAAUGUUAACUUUGAUUAUCAUUAGAUGUGAGUCAAGAAACUGCUAUCAAUGCUAAUGACAUAGUCAGUACGUUACAAGCUCUAGGCAUGCUCAAGUACUGGAAAGGAAAACAUCUUGUUUUGAAAAAACAGGUUAGUAAAAUUUGUACAUGUAGAGAGAAUGGUGUUCACUGGCAAUACUGACUUUAUGAAUAAUGCAAUGCAAAAAUAUUUAUAUUGGCUGACAGUUAUUAUAUGAAAAAUUAUUCUUAAAAACAGUUAAUUUUUUUUUAAAGUUCUGUAUUAAUAAUAAUGUUUUAUUUGCAUUCUUUUUUUUUACGUCAUUGUGCCAAUGCAUUAAGUAUCUUUCACUUUAUUAUUCAUUGAGGCUUUUUUAACAUUUGAAUCUAACAUUGAAUGUCUUAUGUUGUUUUUUUCUUCACUUCACAGGAUUUAAUUGAUGAGUUCCUUGAGAAAAAAGCCAACCGUCCUACAGAGUUUGCCAGCAAAGUGAUUGACCCAACAUGUUUGAAAUGGAUACCCCACAACAAAAGAGAUUCUCCAACCUGAGAUUCACUUACUAGACUUACUGGGCCCACUUUGUUUUGAACACAGCACCUUAAAAAUUCCUUUAACUUGAAUCCUAAGAUUGAAUUGAACUGAAUUCGACAGAAAGACAAUGCUAAUAUAUUUUUUUUAACCAAAGAGAAAGAUAAUGCUGGUGGAAUACCAUUAUCAAAAUCUUAUUAUCUGGUUUGAUCUAUAAAAAAAAUCAAAUCUUCACACCAAUUAUAAGUUGUGAUCUACAUCAAAUAUGACAUUUGACAAAAUUUGUUUGCAACAAACAAAAAAUGGGAAGCAAAGGAAAUACAAAAUUGAUAUUGACAAUUACAUAUGUUAGACAAACAUUUUUUUUAGCUUGCAAAUGCUAAUCCAAAUGUCACUAAGCUAAAAUUCUUAUAGAUAUUUAUUAACUUAAGCUGUGGCAAUGUUAAUGCAGUCUCCACUAAUAGCCUGAGAUUCCUAAUUUUCAUUUGCAAUUUUUAAUUUUUUAUACUUUGGUGAAAGUGGUGUCAGGAGGGUGGAAAGUAGCCAUUUGAAUUGCACUUUAUCAAACAUAGUGUGAGAAAUUUAAGCUUAUCUUUGUUACUUUAGCACUUCUACUUCUUGGUUCUAUAAACAGCAAAAUGAUGAGGGAUGUCUACUAGAAGUUGUUUUAUUUCAAUAUGUAAACGGUUUAUACAUUUUAGUUCAAUUACACUUGUCAUCAUACUUUCUUAAACUGGUCAAAGGAAGUUUUAAAAAUAUUUAAUUUAGUAUAAAGAGAAUUAAAUUGAAUUACUUUAUUUUCCGCUAAGCUUAUGAGUUAUUUAUAGAAAUAAAAAUUUAUGUGUUUUUGUUUCCAGGUUUAUUGUUUAUAAGUUAUUUAUUUAUUUUGAUAAAGAAGAAAUGCUUUAUUUUUUAGUUUAAUAGUUGUCAUUAAAAUAUCUUGAUCAUUUUAGGUAAUUGCAGUCACCAAAUUUUGGUCUAUUUCCACUUUAAACCACUAAAUUAGUUAGUCAUUUUUCUUAGUUGAUUGCUAUUAAGUGAUGUCCUUGCCAAUCCUUUUCACUGUUUUUACACCUAUUUAAAUAAUUUUAUUUCAACUGUUCAAUAUAAUAAAUGUCCUUUGUUAACUCUGGAAUUGUAAUUUUAAAAAGUGAUAUCAUUAAAUUUCUAUUAAGAUAAUGAGAUCCCCAGCCUCCGUUUAUUUUAUGAUUUACUACCAGUACACAACGUCCGUAGAUACACAAUGCCCAAAACUAUUUUAUGCUUCAAGGUAUUAACAAAAAGAAACAUUUUUUUUGGAAGAGGCUCUGUUUUUUUUUGUGUGUUUUUUUUUUUGUCCAUGGAACCAGGAGCUGAAAAUAUUUUUUUGGGGUCUGAAAUUGAAAGGCAUAAAGAAGAAAUGGGUUUCAUACAGGCAAGAUGUCUAUUGCUAAGCCUAUUUAUGUUUUAUGGUAUUAACAAAAAGAAACUUUUUUUUUGGAAGAGGCUCUUUUUUUUUUUGUGUUUUUUUUUUUUGUCCAUGGAACCAGGAGCUGAAAAUAUUUUUUUGAGGUCUGAAAUUGAAAGGCAUAAAGAAGAAAUGGGUUUCAUACAGGCAAGAUGUCUAUUGCUCAGCCUAUCAUGUUUCUGUGUAUGAAUAUUUGUAGUCUGUAAUGUAGUAAUUUGAAUUUUUAUUUAUAUCAUAUUUUUGAAAUCUAAGUCCCCCCCCUGUCCCCGUAGACUCUAAGUAUAGCACCAGAGUUAAUGGUUUUCUCACAUUUAUAUUUAAGCUUCAGUGUGGUGAUAUUGAGUUCUUUAAGUAAAAUAAUUUUCUUUGCAUAAAUCACAAAUGUUGCCAUUCUUGUGUCUUUACUUUACUGCCCUAAGAUAUGCACAUUGGUUUUAAAUUGUCAUUCUUAUUUUAUUGGCCUGCAUUUUUUAAAAUAAGUUUUAUAAAGUGAACGGAUACAAAAUUUUAAAUGUGUGUGCAGAUAUUGUAAACUAAACUGAAAGAUGAAUAGCUUCAUGAAAUUAAGUAUUGGUUCUAUACAUAAUUUUUCAACAAUUAAUCAUGGGUUGUUCAGUUUUCUUGUAUUGUACUUCUAUUCUUCAUCUAGUUGGUAAAUAAUGUAAGGCAGUGUUCUUGAGAUGACAACAAAUAAGUACCAUGGUUGGCCUUUGAGCACCACGGAUUUCAUUGACGACAGUCUUGUAUAAAAAGCACUGGGCUUCUCCCAACUCCCUUUUAUGGAUUAGCAGUUGAGUGGACAACAUGAAUUCUAUUUGGCAUUAUGUCCAUUGAGUGGACAACUUGAAUUAUAUUUAGCCCUAUGUCUAUUGAUUGGACAACAGGAAUUCUAUUUUGCUCUAUGUCAAAAGGAUUUAUUUAGAUUUCUAAUUAGUGUCUUUAGUAUAAAGAUAAACAAAGUCCAGCAGGCUUUGAGUAAAUGUUCACUUGUUUAUGUGGUACUGUAAUUACCUUAUUUGAAUGGUAUGUUGAAUUUUUUUCAGGCUUCUUCAGCACAGUUGUCUCAACUGAUGGAAUACAUUGAUGUUUAUGUAUGGAUGGGGCACUAUCGAUCGGUCGUUUCAUGUCAACUUGGUGGGCCGCAUAGUAAAUGUAUAUACAUGUAAAUCUAAACAGACAGUUCCAUGUUAAAACAAUAAAAUAUGGUUUCACCUUUCUGAACAUUGUCAAUAAAACAUUUCAG